AUGCACUUGGGGGCCUUCACUUUUGGGGAACAGAGCCCGGAUGCGUCGUUCGGGGCUGAAAUGAACACCAUGGACGAGAGUUGCCUGUCGCCCCGCAGCUUCCACGAAAUGGUUAAGAGCCCAGGCGCCUGCUCGCGAGUUCACAGCAUCGACGUGAUCCUGGGAUUUGCGAAGGAUCAAUCCCUGCUCAGCUCCUCACCCCUCACUUCCAAAUCCCUUCAAGAGCAGGGGGAGCCCCAGCAGACUGACUGCUACAACCACAUCCCUGGCCUCGGGCUCCAGGAGGUGACAGAUCGGCCUCACACUUUGGACGACUCCAGGGUUUUUUUGAACAAAUGUGGAGAGGAUCUCAGUGAGCUCACCAGCAGUACAGAGAGCGAGGAGAAAGCCGACCAGAAAAUGGACGAGGAGCCACCCAAGAAAAAGCACAGGAGAAACCGAACUACCUUCACCACCUACCAGCUCCAUGAACUGGAGAGAGCCUUCGAGAAAUCCCACUACCCUGAUGUGUACAGCAGAGAGGAGCUAGCCAUGAAGGUCAACCUCCCUGAGGUCCGGGUCCAGGUAUGGUUUCAAAAUAGGAGAGCAAAGUGGAGGAGACAAGAGAAGAUAGAGGCUAGCACAAUGAAAUUGCAUGAUUCUCCCAUGUUGUCCUUCAGUAGACCACCGAUGCCCUCCAGUGUUGGACCCAUGAGCAAUUCCCUUCCAUUGGAUCCUUGGCUGACAUCUCCCAUCUCUAAUGCAACCUCUAUCCAUAGUAUACCCGGCUUCAUAGGGGCACCUCAAGGCUUACAGACCAGCUAUUCAGGUCACACGUUCUUAAAUUCUCCACCACCGAUGGCCCAGACAAUGCAGUCCAUGGGACCUCCACCCUACCAAUGUGCAACAACAUUUGUGGACAAAUAUCCUUUGGAAGAUGUAGACCAGAGAAGUUCCAGCAUUGCUUCCUUAAGGAUGAAAGCCAAGGAGCAUAUUCAGUCUAUUGACAAAAGCUGGCAACCCAUCUGA